AUGGCGGAGGGCAUUGAUAGACAGGCCGAUGAGCGGAUGGAAUUCGCAACAUCGAAAGAGGUGACGGUGGCGCCUACUUUUGAUGAUAUGCACCUGAAGGAAAAUCUCUUACGCGGAAUAUAUGCAUACGGAUAUGAAUCACCGUCAGCUGUCCAGUCCCGCGCGAUUGUUCAGAUUUGCAAAGGCCGUGAUACCAUCGCGCAGGCACAGUCAGGAACAGGAAAAACGGCGACUUUCUCCAUCAGUAUUCUUCAAGUCAUAGAUACUGUACUUCGUGAAUCACAGGCCCUCGUCCUUUCUCCAACUCGAGAACUCGCAACCCAGAUUCAAUCCGUUGUUAUGGCCCUAGGAGAUUAUAUGAAUGUACAGUGUCAUGCGUGCAUUGGUGGGACAAAUGUUGGAGAGGAUAUUCGAAAGCUAGAACAUGGACAGCAUGUUGUUUCCGGAACCCCUGGUCGAGUGGCAGACAUGAUCCGCCGUCGUCACUUGCGUACACGCAACAUCAAGAUGCUAGUCCUUGAUGAAGCCGAUGAACUUCUUAACCGCGGUUUCCGGGAACAAAUCUACGAUGUAUACCGCUACUUACCUCCAGCCACCCAAGUCGUUGUCGUUUCCGCCACGCUGCCCUACGAUGUCCUUGAUAUGACGACCAAGUUUAUGACUGAUCCAGUUCGUAUUCUUGUCAAGCGUGAUGAAUUGACCCUUGAAGGAUUAAAACAGUACUUUAUUGCGGUGGAGAAAGAGGAAUGGAAAUUCGACACGCUUUGCGAUCUUUACGAUACCCUAACUAUCACACAGGCAGUCAUCUUCUGCAACACGAGGCGCAAGGUUGACUGGUUGACGGAUAAGAUGAGAGAGGCCAACUUCACAGUAUCUAGUAUGCAUGGUGAAAUGCCUCAAAAGGAACGAGACAGCAUUAUGCAGGAUUUCAGACAGGGAAACUCUCGUGUCCUUAUCUCUACUGAUGUGUGGGCUCGUGGUAUUGAUGUUCAGCAAGUGUCCUUGGUGAUUAACUACGAUCUACCAAGCAACCGUGAAAAUUACAUCCACAGAAUCGGUCGAAGUGGACGAUUCGGCCGUAAAGGUGUUGCGAUCAACUUCGUGACAAGCGAAGAUGUUCGGAUCUUGAGAGAUAUCGAACUUUACUACUCUACUCAGAUCGAUGAGAUGCCCAUGAACGUUGCCGAUCUUCUUGCUUAA